AUGAAACUGUUCUCUUGGCCGCGUUCACAGCUUUUGGAAAUCGGUGACCAAAGCUGGUGCCCCUCAUGGCUUCACCGGCAUGAGCAACUGGUUCUCACGCAGCUGUGGAAUCUUCGAGUCCCUGGGUGGAGCCGUGGAAGUCUUGCGACACAGGCCUGUGCAGUGUUCAAAGAGCAAUUGAAAGAUCUUUCCUCGUACACAGUACUCGAUAUCUGUGCCGGUGCUGGUGGACCUACCCCGGUGCUCGAAUUGGAACUUAAUAAACAACUUGAGUCCGAGGGCAAGGGCCCGGUUCAGUUUGUUUUGACCGAUCUUUAUCCCCAUAUUUCAGAGUGGGAACGAAUCUCAAAGAAACAGCAGAAUGUCACGUAUAUCGAAAGCCCGGUAGAUGCUCGAACUGUUCCUCGAUUUGCAGCAAGUUCAAAAAAAGAGUGUCGGAUCUUUAACAUCUGUUUCCACCACUUUGGAGAUGAAGAUGCAGCGGGGAUUCUGAAGAAUGCAAUUGAGUCCGCAGACUCGUUUAUGCAAGUCAUGAUUCUGUUCAUAUCAUAUAUCUCAUCAGCUAAUUCGAUUCUCUCCAGCAUAUUUGAAAUCACAGCACGCGAUCUUUGGACUUGUCUAUGCUCGCCUCUGGUCUUCUUUUUUACUUUCUUUGUAACGCUUGUUUGGUACUUGGAUUCGCCGGUCCAUCUCCUUUUCACAUUCAUUCUGCCUGUGGCGCCUCUAACUAUAUUUGUCGAUGGGCUUAUAUCCUGUCUUCGAACUCGCACCGCAAAGGAAACCUGGCAACUGUUGGAUCAGCCGGAUCUGGAUCUCACCAACUGGACAUUUCACAGUGGGCAAAAAGUUGUUCAAUUUCCUUUCAUCACUUUGUAUUAUCAUGUUGGUAUCAAAUCAUAA